GAGCUGGAGGAGCAAGAAGAAGACGAAGAAGAUUCCAGACUUCGCGAGUUGGACAGAACCUUCUGGACUCCUCACUGUCUCCGACCAACUUCUAUGGUGUUUGGUCUCUCCGAUGAUCCCUCCCUUCACUCCUCUCUCAUACGACGCCGUCCCGUCGAACAAUCCAGACACCCGUGCCCCGACCUAUAUAAAAGACUCUGCCAUUGCCGCGCUCUUUGUAUCAGAAGCAGUGACAAAAUCCAAAGCUCUCGCGAUCAAUCGUUCUCUCCCGUGAAGAAGAGCUUACCGCAUUGUCGGAGAUAUGACCGCGGAAGUGCAGAUGGCGGAUGCGGAGACCUUCGCUUUCCAGGCUGAGAUCAAUCAGCUGCUGAGCUUGAUCAUCAACACCUUCUACAGCAACAAGGAGAUCUUCCUUCGCGAGCUCAUCAGCAACGCCUCCGAUGCUCUGGACAAGAUCCGAUUCGAGAGCCUCACGGACAAGAGCAAGCUCGAUGCACAGCCUGAGCUCUUCAUUCGGCUCGUGCCCGACAAGGCCAACAAGACACUCUCCAUCAUCGACAGCGGCAUCGGCAUGACUAAAGCAGAUCUUGUGAACAACUUGGGUACGAUUGCGCGGUCGGGAACGAAGGAGUUCAUGGAAGCACUGCAGGCGGGAGCUGAUGUUAGCAUGAUCGGACAGUUUGGUGUCGGGUUCUACUCGGCGUAUCUCGUUGCUGAGAAAGUCAUUGUGACAACGAAGCACAAUGAUGACGAGCAGUACAUCUGGGAAUCUCAGGCGGGAGGUUCUUUUACUGUCACAAGAGAUGUCAAUGGAGAGCAACUAGGCAGGGGAACCAAAAUCACCCUCUUCCUCAAGGAAGAUCAGUUGGAAUACUUGGAAGAGAGGAGGAUUAAGGACCUUGUGAAGAAGCAUUCUGAGUUCAUUAGCUAUCCCAUUUACCUCUGGACCGAGAAAACAACCGAGAAAGAGAUCAGUGACGACGAGGACGAUGAGCCCAAGAAAGAAGAGGAAGGAAAUGUGGAGGAAGUCGAUGAGGAGGAGGAGGAGAAGAAAGGCAAGAAGAAGAAGAUUAAGGAAAUUUCCCAUGAGUGGCAGCUCAUCAACAAGCAGAAACCAAUCUGGCUGCGUAAACCCGAGGAGAUCACCAAGGAGGAGUAUGCUUCCUUCUACAAGAGCUUGACAAAUGAUUGGGAAGACCACCUUGCUGUGAAGCACUUCUCUGUCGAAGGGCAGCUCGAGUUUAAGGCCAUCCUGUUUGUCCCGAGGAGGGCGCCAUUUGAUCUCUUCGACACACGCAAGAAGCUCAACAACAUCAAGCUCUAUGUGAGGAGGGUCUUCAUCAUGGACAACUGCGAAGAGCUUAUCCCGGAGUAUCUUGGAUUUGUGAAGGGAGUCGUGGACUCGGAUGACUUGCCUCUCAACAUCUCCCGGGAAAUGCUGCAGCAGAAUAAGAUCCUGAAGGUCAUCAGGAAGAACUUGGUGAAGAAAUGUAUCGAAAUGUUCAAUGAGAUUGCAGAGAACAAGGAGGACUACAACAAGUUCUACGAGGCAUUCUCAAAGAAUCUGAAGCUGGGCAUUCACGAAGAUAGCCAGAACAGGGCAAAACUGGCAGAUUUGCUCCGGUACCACUCAACUAAAAGUGGGGACGAGUUGACAAGCUUGAAGGACUACGUGACACGAAUGAAGGAGGGGCAGAAGGAGAUAUACUACAUCACUGGGGAGAGCAAGAAGGCGGUGGAGAAUUCUCCGUUCCUGGAGAGGCUGAAGAAGAAAGGCUAUGAGGUACUCUUCAUGGUCGAUGCAAUAGAUGAAUAUGCCAUCGGACAGUUGAAAGAAUAUGAUGGUAAGAAGCUUGUCUCAGCAACAAAGGAAGGCCUAAAGCUGGAUGAUGAAUCCGAGGAAGAGAAGAAGAGAAGGGAGGAGAAGAAGUCAUCAUUCGAGAGCCUGUGCAAGACGAUCAAGGACAUCCUCGGAGACAAGGUGGAAAAAGUAGUUGUCUCUGACCGGAUUGUGGAUUCCCCCUGCUGUCUGGUGACGGGAGAAUACGGGUGGACAGCAAACAUGGAGAGAAUCAUGAAGGCGCAGGCGCUGAGGGACAACAGCAUGAGCUCAUACAUGUCGAGCAAGAAGACUAUGGAGAUCAACCCCGACAAUGGCAUAAUGGAGGAGCUGAGGAAGAGGGCCGAGGCAGACAAGAAUGAUAAGUCCGUGAAGGACCUUGUGCUGCUGCUUUUCGAGACUGCCCUUCUGACCUCCGGGUUCAGCCUCGAUGAUCCCAACACAUUCGCUGCGAGGAUCCACAGGAUGCUGAAGCUGGGCCUGAACAUCGAUGAGGAUGAAGCCGCUGGGGAUGAUGCCGACAUGCCUGCCCUGGAGGACGACGGAGCUGAGGAGAGCAAGAUGGAGGAAGUUGACUGAAUGUCUCUCUCUUAUUCGAGUGUAGAAAAACUGCUACUGGCCACAUUUUAUUUUUAGUUGUCGUAUGUUUUGGUCGAGUCUUGGUGGGAAGUUGUUGAUAUUAGUCUUAAGCUGUAAUUUCGAAUGGUUGGUCUAAAAGUGCUUUCCCAUGGCGUGUAUUCAUAUA